CGGACACGGCACACACGCACGUACGGCGCACGCACGCACGCACGCACGCACGCUGGUCGACGAGGAGAGCACGAAGAAACAGGACGGACACCAGAGAGACAUGGCUUCCAUCCUUGAGACUAUACGCACUUGAUCAGAAAUUGCGUCGUUGUUCCCUUUGUCCCCGCGCAAUGCUCGUGCACACGUCUCGCGCGGACAUCUUUGUUAUCAAUGGAAAGGGGACGGGAUAAGAGAAGGGAAUAUAUCGUUGGCGAGAGGGAAUCGGACAAAGAGGCGGCUAGAACCGUAGGCAUUACGCGAAAACUCGUCGGUGAACGAUACGCGCGUGUGUGUGUGUGUGUGUGUGCGUGUGCGUGCGUGUGUGUGUACGUGUGUACGCGCGUGUGUGUAUGUUUCACCGUGCACGAAUUUCACGGAUAUUAGAUAAAAAUAGUCGUGAUCGAGGAACGGGCGAAACGAUUGCGACACUUACCAAGAGCUGUUGCGGUGUAGCAGGGCGCAAUAUGUCAGCUGACUUGACGUGUGACCGAUCGUAAUCCUGCACCAAUAUCCGACAUAAUUCUUAGCGAAACAUUGAGCCCCUCGUUCGCAAAUCCAGUCGAUCCCGGUUGCUGCUGUGCGACCCGCACUCUCACAAAACACAGAUAUCGGUUAUCUGGUAAACUGUCCCUCGCACGAGAAACUUUCGAUUACGAGAUAGACAACCAAAGCUGCAGGCACAGGAACAAAUACUGCCGAUGACUGGUGUAAAGUUAGAUCUCUUACUCUCCCCCACUCCAUACACAAAGCACUCGGAACCAGGGUCGACAAGCUUCUGCGGGGAUCGUGUUGGGCUCGUGUCGUCGGGGCUGCUUGCCGCCAGGCGGCGCCACCUUUCGCCCGAACCGCCCGAGGAACGAUUUUUGAAAACGAUCGUCUAAUGAUGCAACAUGCCGCAACAAUUCGCAACUGUCCCUUUUUCCAGAAUUUCUCUUUCGGAUCGCAUGCUGUUCGUCGGGGAAUCGUGUCGUUCGUUUGAACGAAUAUUUCUUUUACAUGAGAAUCAUAUUUCUCAUGAAUAUUAUGUUUUUGAUCAGAAUUUUUUAAUCGAUUAGAGAAUUGUUGCGAAGAAUUAUACGGAGCCGGGUUAUCGGUGCUUCGAUCUGCAUUUGAAAAUAUUUCAUUGGAGCCGAAAAUUGACACGUUUCGUCGUGAUUUGGAGGUUACGUUGCCUAAGGGUGGGUUUCUGUUAAUGCGACGUCGACCAAUCAGGAUAGAGGAAAUAAUUAAUUUUGUAAUUUUCUGAAACUUGCGUAUUUGUGCAUGUGUAUAUUGUUUUUUAAUAAAUAUAAUUGGUAUAUUGAUGUAUGUUAAGUAACGAGUUAGAUUAAUUUUGAUACUCGUGUUUGCCAAUCAAAAUGAUGAUCAUCGGUAGGCGUGCAAGGUGCUAUCAUUGUAUUGAUACGUCAAUGCACGUUACGUUUGCCGCUCAAAUUGGUUAGUUAAUUUGUUCAAACGUUUCUUAGCGUUUCUUUUUCGCGUUCGACGCAAACAGAUGUAAACUUUCCCGACCAAGGCAUCCAGAAAAAUGACCGGGCUAAUUAGCCGCUCAAUAUUAAUGUUCAGCCCGAUCGGAAAUUCGACGACACGUUUUGACAAUGCGGAACAUAUGUAAGCAAGAUUUGAAAAUAAAGUGAGAGUGAUAUAACCACAUCGCUUGUUUAUGAAAACAAUAAACGAAUCGAAAAAGAUGAACACCCCGCAGUCGAAUAAAAAAAAGGGGAGAAAUAGAGUGGGCGGUAUUAACAGUGAUAGUGUCAGCCCCUCGAACGCCGAACCGUUAAACAUACAGGAGACAUCGAAAUUUGUUUUGGUGAAUCCAAUUGGAGAAGACACAAACAAGACAUUCAAAAUUGGGAUCACGGAUUCUGUACCAAUCAUUUCUUUAGAAGAGAAUGGAUUUGAUGAUAAAAAUAUAAUACAAAAAUGUCACACUGGCCCACCGGAAAAGGACAAAGACGAGAAGAAUGUCCUUAGCAGUUUACCUGUUGCAAUGGUGAAAGAAUUAGACGGAUAUGAACAACAAGUAGGAGAAGCUGAACCACUUCCCAAUUCGUAUAUUAGGUUCAUGGAGCGUAGUGGAGAGGAACUUGAUGGUGAAGUUGAGUAUGAUUUAGAUGAAGAAGACACUGCGUGGUUGUCUAUAGUAAAUGAGAGACGGUCGGCUUCAGGGCUUACUCCACCUUUGGAACCUGAUACAUUCGAGUUAUUAAUGGAUAGACUGGAGAAAGAAUCUUAUUUUCAGCAACAAACCAAUGGAGGUGGAGGAGUGGCAGCAGAUGAAGAUGCUGUUUGUUGUAUCUGUAUGGAUGGAGAAUGUCAGAACAGCAAUGCUAUAUUAUUUUGCGAUAUGUGUAAUUUAGCUGUUCAUCAAGAUUGUUAUGGCGUACCAUACAUUCCUGAAGGGCAAUGGUUGUGCAGAAGGUGCUUGCAAAGCCCUUCUAGGGCUGUUGAUUGUGUUUUGUGCCCAAACAGAGGUGGUGCUUUUAAACAAACCGAUCGUCCAGCUACAUGGGCCCAUGUUGUGUGUGCUUUGUGGAUACCUGAAGUAAGAUUUGCAAAUACCGUAUUUCUGGAGCCUAUAGACAGCAUAGAAAGUAUACCUGCUGCAAGGUGGAGACUCACGUGCUGUGUGUGUAAACGUAGAGGAUCGGGUGCUUGUAUUCAGUGCCAUAAAAGCAAUUGUUAUGCUGCAUUUCAUGUGACUUGUGCACAGCAAGCUGGUCUUUGCAUGCGUAUGAGGACGGUGCAACCUGCAAACGGAGAACCAAUGCUAGUACAGAAAACAGCUUAUUGCGAGGCACAUACACCCCCCGAUUAUCAGCCUUCUACCAAUCCUGCUGAUGCCAGAAGGAGAGCAAUUGCAAAUAAGAAAAGCUCCUCUGCACCUGUUAUAUCUAUUCCAACCAUACCGCCUGAACGGAUUAAGGAAAUUGCUAGUUUAGCUGAAGGAUUGCCUAAAAAGAAUCAACUGAUUCAGCGUCUUAUAGCAUACUGGACUCUAAAACGUCAGUACAGAAAUGGUGUUCCACUUCUUAGAAGGCUCCAGAGUUCACAUCCACAAUCUAGACCACCGCCACUUGGGGACCAUUCCUCGCCACCGCCCGAUAGUGAAUUACGCGGGGAGUUGUAUCGCCAACUCAAGUACUGGCAAUGUUUACGCCAGGAUUUGGAACGUGCUCGACUACUUUGCGAACUGGUUCGCAAACGUGAGAAAUUGAAAAAAGAAUUAUUCAAAGUGAAGGAGAAGUGUCUUUGGUUCGAAUUACGCCCGUUAGAAAGUAUUCUGCGCACUUUGCUCGAAGCGAUCAAAGCGAAAGACGUGAACGAUGUAUUUGGCCAGCCAGUAAACACAAAGGAAGUUCCAGACUAUCUGGAGAUCGUAUCGCAUCCUAUGGAUCUUUCUACCAUGCAGGCUAAAAUAGAAAGACAAGAGUACGAUACGAUUGGCGCUUUCGAAGUGGACUUCAACUUGAUGGUCAACAAUUGCCUGGCGUAUAAUCGUAAGGACACCAUGUUCUAUCGCGCUGGCAUUAAAAUGAAAGAACAAGGCGGUGCCUUGAUAGAGCAAGCUCGCAAGGACUAUCCUGAAUUGGAUCCAGUCAGCGAGUCCGAGCAGACAGGGUCUAAAUCCAGGAAGAGGGAUCGCACCAACAGAAACCGCGGGGAGGCGGAAUUGCAGCUUGGCGAGAAAGAAGUGGGAGGUGGAGGUGUGAACAGGAGGACGGCGGUUCUGUUUACUCGCAAGGCCAGAGCACGCGCGAGUAGGAGUAACCAAAUGUUCGCCAUGGAGGACGACAGGAAGAAGCAGAGCGAUAGUUUCAAAGUUUACAGAAGCGGAACAAUGGACAGUGACGUGGGGGAGGGUGAAAGUCAGUCGUCAAGCUGUAGCAGUUGCUCGACGAGCAGAUCUGCCACUCCUGAUCUCGACGAGGAGAAACAGAAGCAGGAAGUGAACGAAGCGAAGAAGGAGGUUGAGACCAAGCAGAGUACAACUAGUAACGGUCUAGAAGCUCUGCAAUUAGUGUGGGCCAAGUGCCGCGGUUAUCCGUGGUAUCCAGCCUUAAUCAUCGACCCCAACACGCCCAGAGGCACUGUGCACAAGGGUGUACCGAUACCUGCUCCCCCUGAUGACGUAUUGGCACUCGCAGUCAAUUACAAGGAACCAGUAUUUCUCGUUCUCUUCUUCGACACUAAACGAACCUGGCAAUGGCUGCCAGGCGAGAAGUUGGAAAAACUCGGUGUAUCUCAAGAAUUGGACGAGGCGAAACUAAUCGAAUCUCGGAAGCCCGCCGACAGGAAAGCUGUGAAGAAGGCUUACCAGGAGGCGCUUGAUUACCGUAAGCAGACACGCAAUACAACGUUGAAUGCUGGAUCAACUAGUUAAUUUCUAAAGUUUUCAUAGUACGUUAGCUGUAACUAAGUUAGUACAACAUUUGUAAGUAUGUAAAAAGAGUUUUAACACGAUGAUGUAACUUAUAGACUUACGCUUAAGUCGCACUUUUUCAAAAUUCUAUUUAUAAUGUUUUUAAGAUGACUGAAUAAAUCAUUGUUUAUACGAAGUCCGUUCCUAAUACCUCCGUAUGUUACACUUCUAAACGUUGCGAGGCUGAAAGGGACGCAUGUAAAUUGUCAGGUAUUCCGGUGCGUUUCGUUAUAAAAGAAUAUGCACGUAUAUUUUCUUUUUUUUCACAUAUUUUGUUUACACCGUUUUAUAAAAUCAGAAGCGUGAGGAUCAUCCCAGUAGCCCUCGGCGAAUUACCCAUGCACGUUCCUCGUGGCGCGGGUAAUCUCGGUGACUGAAGGCGCAUUACUUAGUUUUCUCGCUGAGUUUCAGAUUCUUCUCCACGUACUCGGAAAGUUCUUUGGCGUACAUAUCCAAUCGCUGGGUCAUCUAAAAUAAAAAAGGUCCGCGUGAAGAAACGGCGACAGAGAUGACCGAUAACAGGAGCAGAAUACUAACACGUAGACACCACAUAUCUUUCAUCUGACGACACAUGUUCAGAUCCAGUUCACAGACGAGAAGACCGUCUUUGGAACGGCUCAGGCCAGGAGUUCUGCUACCAUCGGGGGCAGUGAUGUAGCUGGAUCCAUAGAAGUGUCCAAAGUCAUGGUGCGCCGGUGCACCGUCUCCGGAUGUGAACUCAUUAGGGAAUAUCUCUGUUCCCACUCGGUUGAUAGCGCAAGUGUAGUAACUGUUAGCAAUGGCGGCGCAUCUCGCUUCGAUGGGCCACAAUGGCUCAGAUGUAUGACUGGUGGUCGCAGAUGGAUUGAAAACGAUCUGCACAAAAAUUCAAUACAAAACAAUUCAAUCAUUCUCAAUCUUUGUUCGCAUGAAUGACUAAACGUACCUCGGCACCAUGGAGGCCGUACAUCAUCCAGUUCUGUGGAUGAUGGCGUCCAUAGCAAACAGCGAUAGCGAUGCGUCCAAAGCAAGUGUCGAACACAGGAUGACCCGUGUUGCCCUCCAUGUAAUAAGUGGACUCGUUGAAGUCGCCCACACGCGGGAUAUGGUUUUUCCUGUGCUUCCCGAUCACCUGCCCGUCCGGGCCGAUCACCACCGACGUGUUCCACAAGGUAUCUCCGUUCUCGACGUCCCUCUCCAAAAUCGGGGAGAUGAUCACCAUCCCAUGACGCUGUGCCAUCUCAGACAUGAGCACGGUCGUCGGCCCGUUCUCCACUUCCUCGGCGAACUCGCACCAAGGAUAUUUCUCUCUCGUGCAGAACGCGAACGGCAUAGCUGUAAUUUAGGUAUUUCAAUCUCAACAUAGAACUCAUUGAACCAGUGGACGCUGGAGUUAACGAUUCAAUUUCAAAGGACUUCUACUUCUAGGCGUUCAAGAGAAUCAUGUAUCGGAUAAGAAUGUCUAUGCAUUAUUAGUCGCCGCUAUCGGAGGACGUGAACGCACAGGCCAGCCUUAUCUGAUCGUCUUUUAUUAGUCUAAGACUGAUCCACGACCGGCGUGUGUCAGCCGAUAAAGGCUGGAACGCGUGUGAUUUAUCUGUGAAAUAUACGAUUGCGCGUAGAGAGCUGUUCACGUGGCCCGACGCAUAAUUCAGAGCGUGUGGCAGAAGGCAGAGGUCGCGUGACCCGGGUCGUCUCUGCUUCUAGAAUAAACGGCCGGAGGAACCCGGUUGUUCACGCACCCCAGGCCUCCUGGAGGCACAGCACGUUCACGCCACAGGCGGCCGCGUAGUCUACGUAUUUUUGGAUCUUCUGAUGGAGCGCGUUCCUUUGUUUCUGCAAGGGUUCAGUGGUCGGCACCACGAUCGAGUUCUGGAUCACACCGACGCGGACGAUCCUCGGCGGCCGCAGUUGCUCUGUGACCUCGCUGUUCAUCGCGUACCCCUGCACAUCCAAUUCCGUCUUCUCCGUCCAUUCCGGAAGCUCCAAGGGCCUGCGAAACAUGUUAUUUUCAAUUACGGGAAGCCUCGGGCGCAUCCUGCGAGACACGGACAUCUGGAUAUAUUUAAAACACGUGCGCUUGGCUUCCCACCAAAAUAUGAAUAUUUAGAGCAAACGAACAAAGUGUUGCUCGCCGCUCGGCGCGCGUUUAUAGGACGUCUAUACUUAUACUUUUAUUCUCGUAUCGCGGGAUUCUCGUCUAAAUUGUCCAAUUAGCAUCUCUGUUGCUUGGCGCCGCGCACCAGGUCCAAAAAUAUUUUGUGGAAUUAUUUCCGUAGACGUUGACAUUGACGCCAAUGCUCGCACAAAGCAAUUCCGCGGGGACGAGUGUACAGGUCUCGUUUAAUUGUGACGCAGCAAAUAAAGGAUAGAACUUACUGUAAUUCGCGUCCGUAUAAGAGACGCUUCACCUCGGACAGUUCCUUUUCAGGCAGGUUCUUCUCCAGAAUGUCUUCGAGGGUUUGGUUGAACAUCGUCUUCUGCAUAUUGUUCCCUAUGGUGCGGCCGAAUACGUUUGAUUAAGGUUAUGAAGAGCGUACGUGGUUCCGGUGACGGUUACGUCGCAGACACGAGAGGAUUAAUGCGGAGAGACGGAUUUUACCGAAUAUAUACCAGCGGCAGAUGUAAACACAGAGCAACAGUAGUUUAAUCUUUGCUGUAUAAAUAGUCUCUCCUGAUAGGAUAAUUGGUCCCCAUUAAUCAAACCGUUGUAUCGUCGAAAUAUCCACGUAUCUUACCUGCCUCGAUAACUUUGACCUGUAGAUACCAUGGCCUUA